UGACAGAUGACAAUAACAAUAAAAACACCGUUAUUCCACAUCCCAAUAAAUCGUAUUCCCUGAUUAACACAUCAUAACUUCAUAAUUUUCUUAGGUUUAUUUUUUUAAAGAAGUAGAAAUAUUCGAAUUCACAAAUUUUGUUCAUAAGCUGUUUAAGCAGUGGUAUUAAUAAAAUAUUAUAAAUCAGAAAACGAAUGAAAACUUUUUUCACAAUAAAUUGGUUGUUAUGAUCUGAUUUGAAACAAAAUGACAACGAAAUCUAAUAUAAAAAUAUGGUGGAUAACAUUCGGCCUUAUAUGUGGUGCGACUUUCUUGACCCGGUUUUAUAAAGUAUUAGAACCUGACCAUGUUUGUUGGGAUGAAACUCAUUUUGGAAAAAUGGCUAGUUGGUACAUUAAUAGGACAUUCUUUUUUGAUGUACAUCCACCAUUAGGAAAAAUGCUCAUAGCCUUAUCUGGUAAGCUGACAGGGUAUGAUGGCAAAUAUCCAUUUGAAAAGCCAGGAGACAAAUUUGAUGGUGCUAAAUAUGAAGGGAUGCGGAUUUUCUGUACCACACUCGGUGCUCUUAUAAUACCUCUUACAUUUUUGACAAUAUGGGAGAUGACUAAAUCUCUUGAUUCAACAUUAAUUGGAACUAUGCUAUUGCUUUUUGAUGUUGGUUUCUUAACUUUAAACAGAUAUAUUUUGCUGGAUCCAAUUCUUUUAUUUUUUAUGAGCUGUUCUAUGUAUGGAGUGUUUAAGGUGAGAUCUUUAACAGAAGCUGGGCUAGCACCAUUCUCCGUGCGAAUGUUGAUUUGGCAGCUGUUUCUUGGUGCGUCCCUCGCUUGUACCAUGUCAGUCAAGUUUGUGGGCUUGUUUGUUGUGCUAUUCGUCGGUCUCAGAACUAUAGCAGAUCUAUGGAAUAUUCUGGGGGAUUUAACAAAACCUGUUAGUCUUACUCUUAAACACUUGAUUGGCAGGAGCAUUACAUUAAUCAUUUGGCCCAUCAUACUUUAUGUGUUUUUCUUUUGGAUUCAUCUGACAGUUCUUAGUAAAAGCGGCAACGGCGACGGAUUCUACUCGUCCGGUUUCCAAGCGCGCUUGGAGGGCAACAGCUUGCACAACGCGAGCGCACCGCGCGUGCUCGCCUACGGCGCCCUACUCACACUUAAGAACCAUCGUACGGGUGGUGGCUACUUGCACUCGCACCACCAUCUGUAUCCGCCCUCAGCUGGAGCCCGACAGCAGCAGAUAACGACAUACACACACAAGGACGACAAUAACAAGUGGCUCAUCAAGCCGUACGACCGCGAGAGCGUCGACGGCGCGCAGCUCGUGCGCAGCGGCGACCUCGUGCGGCUCACGCACGCGGCCACCGCGCGCAACCUGCACUCGCACCGCGAGCGCGCGCCCGUCACGCCCAAGUUCUUGCAAGUCACCGGCUACGGGGAGGAUGGUAUUGGAGACGCGAAUGAUGUAUGGAAAGUUGUUGUAUCUGGCGGCAAAGAUGGCGACGAAAUACAAACGGUGCGCAGUAAGCUCGUUUUUGUGCACUAUCUGCAGUCAUGUGUGCUCACAACGACAGGCAAGCAGCUGCCAAAAUGGGGUUUCGAACAACAAGAGGUGGCGUGUAAUCCUAACCUGAGGGAUAAAAAUGCGCUUUGGAAUGUAGAGGAUAAUAUAUUUGAUGGAUUACCAAAAAUGAGUUUUGAGGCGUACGCAUCGGGCUUCUUCGAACGCUUAGUGGAGUCCCACGCGGUCAUGUUCCAGGGGAACGCGGGCCUCAAGCCCAAGGAGGGCGAAGUCACCUCGCAACCCUGGCAGUGGCCCAUUAAUUAUAGAGGACAGUAUUUCUCAGGCAGCGCAUACAGAAUCUAUUUACUCGGCAACCCAGUGAUCUGGUGGGCGAACCUAGCAUUCCUUGUCAUGUUCUUUGUGAUUUAUGUUAUCAACGCCAUAAAAGAGAAAAGAGCAGAGGCUUUUGGGAGACCGAUACAAGUGGAUCAAACACGUUCCUUACUAAAUGGCGCAGGCUGGAGUUUCGUUGGUUGGGCCCUGCACUAUAUCCCCUUCUGGGCUAUGGGAAGAGUACUAUACUUCCAUCAUUACUUUCCAGCGCUUAUUUUCAGUUCCAUGCUCACUGGUAUCCUCACAGAGUAUCUAUUACGCAGUAUACAAAGCUACCUCACCCCGGAUGCGGGUAGGACAUUAUAUCACACGGCAAUGGGCAUGAUCCUGUCUGCGACGGUAUACAGCUUCUACUUGUUUUCGCCGCUCGCCUACGGUAUGACGGGGCCACACUCGACUGAACCUAAUUCGACUAUGAGCGGCUUGAAAUGGCUGGAUACAUGGGAGUUUUAAUGUGACAAAUACUG